UAUGGCGAUUCCUCCACAGUUCCGUUUCGCAAACGCGAAAUAUAUAGCGAUAAAUGAGUUGUAUUCUUGUGGUUAAUGCUACUGGUUGAGAAUGCUAUUGGAGCACGUUGUGAACAAGGUUGAUUCAUAGGAAGGGACUUGGAAAUGGGACACCUUGGCCCUGUAUCCGGUGAUCCUCUGUUGCACCAACAGGCUACCUCAAAUGAUCAUGUUGAAUUAAUGAGAGCCGUGCCUGGAAAUCCUGGGUCUCAGGGAUUGCCGGUGUCAAUCAUUCAUAGUGGACGGGUAGAAGCACAUAUGAGUAAUUUGCGCAUGCAUCAGCUUUUGGUGCCUGACAACCAGUCCGUGCAAAUGGGGACAAUGCCGAACAGUAUGGGGUCAAAGCAGCUGCCAACAACGCCAAAGCGGAAGGCACCAUUGGAACAAUUGCCCUAUAGCUCUGCGGGAUCUAACAAGCGGGUUGCUCAAGUGGAACAAAGGCCUUGGUUGCAGCAAGCAUCUGAUACAUCAAAUAGUGGUUCUCCGCAGAUGCAAUUCCUGUCAACUGCUUCCAGACCACAGCAUUUGGCUAUGUCUGGUAAGAGAAAAACACUGAUGGAAUCCACUUCCAGUAAACCUGGGACACCUCGGUCGUUGAAUUCUAAAGGUCAGAAUGCACAGAUGCAACCAUCUCCCAAGGCUCAAACUGAAUCAUCUGAAAGUGUUAGGUCGAAGAUGAGGGAGUCAUUAGCUGCUGCUUUGGCCUUGGUUUCUCAGCAGGACAAACCUCUGGUUGCGAGCAAUAUUACAUCAAAUGAGGCUGGUAAUACUCAGGGUAAAUUAGUGAACAGUUCAGCUGCUACUGGUGCUUCUCCAGGGGAAAGGAAAGAGAUUUAUAAAUCUGUUGAUUCCUCUUUUGCUGCCGUGGAUUUAGUUGAUCAUGUGCCCGAAGAGCACAGAAUGAGUUCAGCCUCUAAUGAAGAUCAUUCUGAAAAAUGCAAGAACUCUGAAUCAGGAUCCACAAAUAUGUCUAAUAAUGAAAAUAUACUGAAUCCUAUGCAAGUCUUGAACUGUGAUAAGCAAGACUUCGAGGCAAGUUACACUUUGACCACUGAUGAUGUUCCUUUUAGUGAAAGUUUCUUCAUCAAGGACGAACUUAUGCAGGGAAACAGUCUUUCCUGGGUAUUGGAAUCUGAUAUGGUGGACAUGUCAAAUCAAAACGAGAAUCAAAGUAAUAUAGAGCAUAGAUUGGAACCUGAUGAAGCAGUUGAAGGUUGUAAGGAGGCAGUGCAUUCACCCGAAGUUUUGGCAGCAAGGAUAGAAGCAAAACUCUGCAAACUGUUUGGAGGUGUGAAUAAGAAGUACAAAGAGAAGGGGAGGUCUCUUUUGUUUAAUUUGAAAGAUCGCAAUAAUCCUGAACUAAGAGAAAGGGUUAUGUCUGGUGAAAUUCUCCCAGAAAGAUUAUGUUCUAUGACUGCAGAGGAACUUGCAUCGAAGGAGCUUUCUGAGUGGCGGAUAGCCAAGGCUGAGGAGCUCUCUCAAAUGGUGUUUUUGCCUGAUUCUGAUGUUGAUAUUAGACGUUUGGUCAGGAAAACACAUAAAGGUGAAUUUCAAGUAGAAGUUGAACAUGAAGACAAUGUUUCAGUGGAGGUUUCUGGUGGCACAGAUGCAGCUAGUGGGAGCCAAGCAAAUAGAAAGUAUGUGGAAGCCCCUCCUCCUAAACCUGAUGUGAUCAAAGAUGAUGCAAACAGUGAUGAUGAAAAGAGCAAAUUAGAGAAGGAUACGCCAUUGGGUGUUACCAUCCCUUCCAAUGAUGGUACUGAUCCAAUGCAAGGGCUUAUGACAGAUGAUGCAUUGAAGGAAGCUGACUUUCUUCCACCAAUUGUCUCUCUUGAUCAGUUCAUGGAAUCUCUUCAUUCUGAGCCUCCAUUUGAAAAUAUACUAAUGCAAUCUGGAAAAGGGACAGCUAUGUCAGAAAAGGAUGAUUCUGAGGUUGGAUCUCAAUCAAAGUCUUCUGUUUUAAAUCCAGUUGAGCUGCUUGGUGGUAUCCCUGAUAAGCAUGAGAAGGUGCAUGACACAUGUGCCAAUCUGGAUGCUGAACUGGAUAAAGGGUUAAAUGCAGAAUCUACGGCCAUUUCUUCUGAUACAAGAUGUGGUGAGAGUCAUGCUGACAUGAAGCAGACUGAUGGUCGUAGUGAAGAAAGGUCAACUGAUGACAUGAAGUCUACUUCCAGGCAUGCCGAAUUGAGCGCCAGUCAGUUUCAUGCAGAAGAGAGAUAUGCUGGUAGUCAUGCGUAUUCCAAAACUGCAGUCUCCACUAGUAUGUCUGAGGGUGAAUGCAUCUGGGAAGGAAUGCUUCAGCUGAAUAUCUCCACCACUCAUUCUGUAAUAAGCAUCUUUAAAAGUGGUGAGAGAACUUCUGUAAAAUACUGGCCUGGGUUUCUUGAGAUCAAGGGAAGAGUUCGAAUUGAUGCGUUUGAGAAGUUUUUGCAAGAGCUUCGACUGUCCAAAAGACGUGCUAUCAUGGUUUUGCACUUUGUUUCGAAGGGGUCAUCCCCCAACAAUGAUCACUCAACUCUCCGUGAGGUGGCUGAUUCAUACAUUUCAGAUGAGAGAGUGGGAUUUGCUGAGCCUGUACCUGGAACUGAACUUUACUUUUGCCCACCUCAUCAGAUAACAAUUGAAAUGCUCAGCAAGAUACUUCCAAAGGAACAGAUUGAGGCAGUUAAUGCUAUUGAUUAUGGUCUAAUUGGUAUUAUUGUAUGGAGAAAGACUCAUUUAACUUCAACUAUAUCAGCUACCUCUUCUUCACACCAAAAAUACAGCUCUAAAAAACAAUACUUAUUCACUAGGAAACAGCAAGAUACAAAUAUGAAUGCCAAUCCCACACCAAAAGCAGUGCCUUCUAGGGGCUCUGCAGCCACUAUCACUGGACUCUCAUCUGAUGAAGAUGAUGAUAUUCCUCCAGGAUUUGGGCCAGUAGUGGCCCAAGAUGAGGAUGACCUCCCGGAGUUCAAGUUCUCCGACGGUUCGAAUCCAUCAUCACACUUGAUCCACAAAUCUAUGGGUCUAGGUAAAGCAGCAUUCCACACGGUUAACCAAGCCCCUUCUCGCCCAGUAGAUCAAAUGAGGGAUCUUGUACACAAAUAUGGGCAAAACAAAGCAAAUGCACCUUCAGGAAACUGGGAUGAUAAAUUUACGGUGAAAAUUCAACCCUGGAAUGAGGAUGAUGAUGAUAUACCUGAAUGGCAGCCACAAAUCCCAAUCCCCCAUAAUCAGUUUCCUCCCAAACAGCAAAUGCUUAACUAUCACAUGCUGAAUCAAUCAUUUAUGGCCUCACCCAAUCAGUCAAUGCUGCCAAUACAAUCACUGCAAUCCCCUGUAAAUGUUAUGCAUGGCCAACGAAAUGUUGGCUCUCAGUGGCUUCCCUCUAUUGAGGAAAACAACCCACUGCCAAGUGGUGUCCAACCCUACGGAGCCACUGCAUGGCGUCAAAAUGUUCCAGGAAGUAGAGGCUAUUAGGUUUUUUUUUUUAAAUAUAAAGUCAAAGAUUUUGUUCCUUUUUUCGUAGCCUAGCCUUGUAAUCGAAUUUCAAGUUUAUUUUUCUUUCUGUUGCAUCCAUUCCUUUCUAGAGCAAGCGAAUGAUUAUUUUUCUUGUUUCAGUUUACCAACAGUAGGAUUUCCACACAAUAAUAUGAUGGAGAAUUUUGCAUACCCUGACAUACUCGUUGUCUU